GUUCAUUGAAUAACCCAGAAAAAAAAAUCAUUCUUUCUAUUUCUAGAAAAUUUCCUCAUUCUAUAAAUAAACAUAAGUCAGUAGAUGAUCAAAAUGAUCCGAAACUACCAAGUUGUCAUCUUCCUAUUUACAAUAAUCUCAAUAGCAGCAAGUGCAGUCCCAAAAACAGAAGAAGGAAAACGUGUGCUUGAUCAUGAUUUUCAACAGCAUUUAGGUGAAGAACAUAGUAAGCAGUAUGAUCAUGAGCAAUUUUUGGGAGAAGAUCAAGCAAAAACAUUUGAUCAACUUGCUCCAGAAGAGAGUCGUAGACGUUUAGGCAUAAUUGUAGAUAAGAUUGAUACAAAUAAGGAUGGAUUUGUUGACUUGAGCGAAUUAAAAGCUUGGAUUCAAUUUACACAAAGACGAUACAUUGAAGAUGAUGUCGAACGUCAGUGGAGGUCCCAUAAUCCAGAUAACAAUGAUACAAUUCAUUGGGAUGUUUAUAGGAAAAAUGUUUAUGGAUUUAUGGAAGAAAUGGAUCCUGCCGAUUUAGAAAGGGAAGAUAAUGGAUUCUCAUACAAGGCAAUGCUCACUCGUGACCGAAGAAGAUGGAGUGUUGCUGAUCGUGAUGGAGACGAUUCAUUAGUAAGAGAAGAAUUUACAUCAUUUUUACAUCCAGAAGAGAGUGAAUUCAUGCGCGAUCUUGUGGUGUCUGAGACAGUUGAGGAUAUCGAUAAGGAUAAUGAUGGAAAAAUUUCUGUAGAAGAAUACAUUGGAGACAUGUAUCGUGUAACAGACGAUGAUACUGAAGAACCAGAAUGGGUUAAACAUGAAAGAGAAACUUUUAAGACAUUUAGAGAUAAGGAUCACGAUGGAUUUUUAAAUAAUGAGGAAGUUAAGGAAUGGAUUAUUCCACAUGAUUUCGAUCAUGCUGAAGCUGAAAGCAAGCAUUUAAUUUAUGAAGCUGAUGCAGACUCUGAUGAAAAAUUAACCAAAGAAGAAAUACUCAGCAAAUACGAUGUGUUUGUUGGAUCACAAGCAACCGAUUUUGGUGAAGCUCUUGUGAGACAUGACGAAUUUUAAACUAUCAUUGAUAAACUCAACAAUAUGAAAAUAAGGAGAGCCAGUAGAUCAAACGAAGAAAUGAAAGAAAUCUAUUAUUAAUAUUUAAAAUGAUUAAUUAUAAUAAUUGUAGUAGAUAGGGUGCUUAAAAAUGUGAAAGCAAUAUUUUUGAUAAAAUGAAAAAAAAGAAUAAUGAAAAUUAUAAUGUUCUGGCACAAAACGAGAUAUGUCGAUGAUGAAAUGGAAUCUCAUUAAAAAUCGUUUUAGAUUAAAACUAUAAAAAUUAUCCAUGGAAGUGCAAAUUAUUUCAAUUAUUU